UGCACUAUGGAGCUGUUCACUCUGAUCAUACAUGCUGUUUCACUGAGUGUUGUUCUGGCUGGAGCUGAUGUACACUGGACAUAUUCAGAGGGCUCUCUGGAUCAGAUCCACUGGGCAGAUACGUAUCCUAAGUGCGGUGGCCGUAAGCAGUCUCCCAUUGACAUCAAGCGGCGCAAUGUGAAGUUCAAUCCUGACAUGCUGCAGCUCGAGAUGACCGGCUAUGGCGAGGUGAAGAAUGGCAAUUUCCUCAUGACCAACAAUGGACACUCUGUCCAAAUUGACCUUCCACCCACUAUGAUAAUAACGAAGGGGCUGCCAGCCCACUACACAGCUGUUCAGAUGCACCUACACUGGGGUGGCUUGGACCUGGAAGCCAGUGGCUCAGAACAUACUGUGGAUGGCAUCCGUUAUAUGGCAGAACUUCAUGUGGUCCACUACAACUCUGAUAAGUAUAAAAGCUUCGAUGAAGCCAAGGAUAAGGAUGAUGGGCUGGCAGUUUUGGCUUUCUUUUACGAGGAUGGUCAUUUUGAGAACACGUACUACAGUGACUUCAUCAGCAACCUGGAAAACGUUAAAUAUGCAGGGCAAUCCAUGAAUAUUUCUACUCUAAACGUACGUUCCAUGCUCCCGGAGAACCUCGCCCAUUUCUUCAGAUACGAAGGCUCUCUUACAACACCACCCUGCUAUGAGAGUAUCCUCUGGACUGUGUUUGAUACCCCCAUCACCCUGUCCCAUAACCAGAUCAGGAAGCUGGAAAGCACACUUAUGGACCUGGAAAAUAAGACCAUACGUAAUGAUUACCGCAUGGCACAACCUCUCAAUGACCGAGUGGUAGAGUCCUCAUUCCUUCCUCGACUGGGCAAAGGCACAUUUUGUAGGCAAGAGGAGAUUGAGGCAAAGCUUUUAAAUAUUGAAGACAUGAUUACUUCUCUUGGAAAACACAUCAACCCAGUUGGUGGUUACAGGCCUACUAACAAAGAUUCACAGGUAAUAUUUCCACUAGUGCUUCAUUUCCCUGCAAACAAGUUGAUGAGUAAUGCUCAGAUAAACCUGGGUCACCCAAUGAACCUCCACUCCUUUUCGGUUUGCAUGAACCUGCGUAUGCAUCCCCGUUCCGUGCACACAGUGGUUUCCUAUUCCACCACCAAACACGAAAACGAGCUCAUGAUCACUAUGGGCCACGAGGUAGGGCUUUGGAUUGGAAAUGAGUACGUCAGCCUUCCCCAUGAGCUGCGCCCCCGUGCCUGGGCGCAUUACUGCCUGACCUGGGCCUCACAUAAUGGAGGGGCAGAACUCUGGGUGAAUGGUAUUGUCGGAAAGGAGCAGUACCUGCGAACAGGCUACACUAUUCCUCCUGGUGGUAACCUCAUCCUGGGAAAGGACAAGGAUGGGUUCCUGGAGAUCUCUGAUUCCGAUGCAUUUGUGGGCUAUAUGACUGAUGUUAACAUAUGGGAUUAUGUGCUGGGUUCUGAGGAGAUCCAGAAGAUGAUGAACUGUGAGAAAAACUCAGGGAAAGGCAAUGUGCUGAAUUGGGGUGUCACAUCCAUGAGUCUGUAUGGAGGAGUCCAGCUGGAGACUGAACACAAGUGCUCCUGAUUCAAUACAUUUAGCUUCUUAUAAAUAACAUAUAUAUAUAGUGGUCUGAAUAACAUAUAUUUUUAUUAUUUUUUAUUUUUUUCACUGACUAUUGAUCAUUAUUCAUAUUUCGAUUAUAUCACUAUAUAUAUCAGUCCACAACGCACAGUGACAGUAGGCAAAGAGCCCAGGGCUGUUGAGACUCCAAACUCCCCAGAUUUCAAUCUAAUCGAGCACCCAUGGGGUGUGCCUGCUGGUCAAACAAGUCAGAUUCAUGGAGGCUCCCCCCUCUCUCACCCAACAAGCACCCAAAGGAUCCACCGCUACGUCCUGCUGUCAAACACCACAGCACACCCGUCCUGGUGGCACAAGAGGAACCCAAAACAUAGAUGGCUUCAAUGUUAAUGACUAUAUGUUAGUAUAUGAUAUACUGUAUGUAUACAAUAAUUCAAUAAACUUUCUACAACUUAUUUGCAUGUUUUAAUAGAAUGUGUUUUUAAAAUACAGCACCAUACAUAUUUUUCCGGCAGGAUUUGAAGUUAAAUUAUUAAAUAUACAUACAUAAAAAAGUAAAAAUUAGGUUCUAGGGGCAACACUUAUGACAAGGUAACAUUAGAAAAUAAAAUUUUAUAAAAUUUUAUUCAAGAUUUCUAAACCUGCACUCAUAGAAAAGUGAUUUUAAUGUUCAUUUUAAAAGAUACACAUUAUCAGUUCCCUUGAAGUGUUUUACAUGGAGUAUGAAUGAAACCAGGACAACAUUAAAUAAGUCACCUAACUAAAAAGCGUGUUAACAGAAUGCAAAACAUCUGGGCCUGUAUUCACAAAGCUUCUUAGAAUUCUCUCAGAGAGCUCCUAUCUUAGCUUUAAAAGUCCUAGCUGGGAGUCCUAGACUAGAAAUGAUUUAGGAAACCUCUCAGAGCAACUCGGAGUAAGCAAAGUACAAAAACCUUUAUCUUAGUGAGGAGGUGUGGUUGACCUCGUUCCUAGGGGUGAUGCGGCAAUUCAAGAACUGUGAUCGGUUGAUAAAAAAAUUAACUCUGACCUCUCUAAAGGUUUUGAAAUUUGCUCUUUGUUAAAAUAGAAUAUAUUAUAAUAGAAUAGACAGUGAAAUCAUAAUGUUUGUAUAUAAUGAAAUUGUAUAAUUAUGACUACAGGCUACUUUAUGCAAAGUUUCUGUUAUAGGGUAAAAAUAUCUUAAAGUUAAUUAAAACAGCCAAAUGUUGAAAAUGUGUCUACUUUUAAAGCAACCAAUUUCAACACAGCAGUUACUAUAUUUAAGUUCUUACAUUUAUUCACCAUACUGAUUUAAUUACUUGUAAUCCAUUUCAAAUUGAUGGGAGCAAAAUGUCUCACCUUUUACUAAUUUACAAUUUGAUAGUCUAUUUAAGUUGCACUUUUGGAUGGUAUGUAUCUAACUAUGUUCUGGAAGGAAGUAAAUCAACAAGAAAACCAAAUUGGACAGAAGAGCAGUGUUUACUGUUGAAGAAAGUCCUCCUCUCUACUCUUAACAAUUCUUACCUUAGGAGCUGUUUUUAGGGAUAAGAUGUUUCAUGAAUAAUUUUUAUCAUUACUAAGAUUUAAUCCCAAAUUUAGGGGGAAAUUCUAAGAAAAUGUAAUAAUUCUUAGAAUUUUCUUAGAAUUUCGUUACUAGGAUCAACUUUAAGGCUUAAGAAGCUCCGUGAAUACGGGCCCUGAUUGAUUUAAAAUGUUGAUACACCUGACUGUAGAACUUGCCUUGUCCAGACCUCGGGUUCCAAACCAGACAGGUUGUACAAUUGCAGUGUACACGUGUAAUACUAGUAGAGCCAGGAUAUGUUCCACUAUAAUUUACUGCCUGUUAAGCAUCAACACUAGGUGCAGUCUGACAAUGUCAGACAUCUAAUUAUGGUUU